AUGCUGGAUUCAAUCAAGUGUGUCCUGGUGGGAGACUCUGCAGUGGGGAAAACAUCUCUCUUGGUACGUUUCACCUCUGAGACUUUUCCAGAUGACUACAGACCCACUGUAUAUGAAAAUACUGGAGUAGAUGUCUUCAUGGAUGGUGUACAAAUUAGCCUAGGUCUUUGGGACACAUCUGGCAGUGAUGCCUUCAAAGGCAUUCGCCCCCUCUCAUACCAACAGGCAGAUGUGGUAUUAAUGUGCUACUCGGUGGCAAACCACAAUUCCUUUCUGAACCUGAGGAACAAAUGGAUCGGUGAGAUCCGCAGCCAUUUGCCUCGCAUCCCCGUUUUGGUAGUGGCUACUCAGACUGACCAGCGUGACACAGGGCCCUACCGUUCCUCCUGCAUCAGCCCAAUAGACGGGAAACGGCUUGCCCAGGAUGUGCGAGCCAAAGGCUAUUUGGAGUGCUCUGCCCUCAGCAACCGAGGGGUGCAGCAGGUGUUUGAGUACGCCGUGCGGACAGCAGUCAAUCAAGCCAAAAGGCAGAACAGGAGGAAGCUCUUCUCCAUUAAUGAGUGCAAGAUCUUUUGAGGACCAUUGGUAGUGGUUUUGCCCACAUUUGUUCUUUCUGUCUUCACACAAAGGUACCUUGGGAGAGAGCAAAGUGACUCAAAUGAGGACUCCUGGCAGGACC